AAGAAGAUAAAGUAAAAGAAGUUGUUGAUAAAAGAAAGGCAAAAGAGAUUGUUGAAGAAGAUAAGAUGAAAGAGGUUGUUGAUAAAGGAAAGUUGAAAGAGGUUGUCAAUAAAAGAAAGGUGAAAGAAAUUGUUUAUGAAAAAG